CCGCUGUGCUGCCACUGCACUCCUGGCGCGUCCGCCGGCCGGCCGGUCGUCUUCCCUCGGCCUCCGAGACCGCCCCCGCACCUCCGAUUGCAUACACGGUGUCGCAACGAAAAAACUUACCUAUAUGAACUUUGUUUCGAAAAAUUACAAUGAGACUUUUAAUUUACUUUAAGUUUAUUUUACUUUUCAAGUUCAGUUUUACUUCGGGCCAAGUUUGUCCGCCAAAAUGCGAGUGCGCUCGAAACGCGGUGCGGUGUCUGCGCCAGGGCCUGACUGCCGUGCCGAAAGUUCCAACAGACAUACACACUCUAGAUCUCCGUUUCAACAAGAUGUACGAUGUCGGGGGAGGUGUGUUCUCGCACUUGCAUCACCUGCGCUCGCUGCUCCUGAACGACAACCAGCUGCGCGCGCUGCGCUCCGGCGCCUUCCACGGCCUGCGACGCGUCAAGUACCUCUAUCUCUACAGAAACCGCAUAAAGACUAUCGACCCUGAUGUCUUUAAGGGCUUGCCGCAUUUGGAACAACUCUACUUGCACGUGAACGAAAUCCAUGAGAUACACGCAGAUACGUUUACAAACAUGCCCCGCCUGGAACGCUUAUAUAUGCACAACAAUCGCCUGGCGCACGUUCCCUUCGGCUCGUUCACUGGCAUGCCGAAGCUGCGCAAACUACGAUUGGAUAGCAACGCGCUGGUGUGCGACUGCAGCGUGCUGUGGCUGGUGCGCAUGAUACGUGCGCACGCCGGAAUGACCGUGGCCGCCACCUGCUACGGCCCGCCCCACCGCCUCGGCAUCUCGCUCGCGAGCCUCAGGGAAUAUGACAUGCAUUGCAAGCAACCCGAAAUACACGAAGGGCCCGAAGACGUUUUAGUGGAAUUUGGCAAGGAUGCUAUAUUUACUUGUACCGCCGCUGGGGACCCAAGGCCCGAAAUAGUUUGGUUUCGCGACUCCACGGCCCUCUCUCUAGACGCGACCCGGUACGAAGUACAGUCCAACGGCAGCCUUAUGAUACAUAACGUGGAUGAGACGGACGUCGGAGUGUUCGAGUGCAUGGCUAAAAAUCCCUCUGGGGAAGCGCGUUCAAGACCCGCGAGGAUGAUGAUGAUGAUACACGACGAGCCUAAUGAAAAUGAGAUUCCCGUUUUCAAGAUCAGGCCCAAAAGUCAAGUCGUCAAAAAAAGAAACGUUCGAGUUAGGUUCGAUUGCGUGGCUAAAGGAAAUCCACCGCCUCAUAUCGCCUGGUACUUCAAAGGCACAAGGCUUCUACUUGACCCUCGAACGGAUUUAAAGCUGAACGGCUCGAUUUUCAUCGAUGACGUGCAAUACGUCGACGCUGGGGAAUAUACAUGUGUAGCGGAAAAUAUACUUGGCAAAGUUAAUGCAUCAGCUGAACUUAAAGUAUUAGUUCCCCCUUCUUUUAGAGAUGUGCCAAAAGACAUAACAGCUUCCGAUGGUGAUAAGGUUGAAUUCACUUGUUCGGCUCGAGGAUCACCAAAACCUGUCAUAAGCUGGUUCAUGAACACCAUGACUCUACCAACAAGCGAUAACUAUGUCUUCACGAAUGAAAAUGAAAAGUUUACCAUUCUGGCAGUGACAAAGGAUGACGCCGGGAUUUAUCAUUGCAGAGCGGAAAAUUCCGAGGGCAUUACAGAAAUUUCCGCAGUACUGAAUGUAGAAGAAUUUAAAGUAAUUCCACCUAGCAUAGUUCUUAAACCGGUUGACACCGAUGCUUACAAAGGAACAUCAGUUCAGUUACCGUGCGAAGUUGAAAGUGACCCUCCUGCCUCCGUGGAAUGGACCAAAGAUGGGUCCUCAAUAUUGUUGGAGGACCGAAUUUCGAUAACUUUGAUCGGCAGUUUAAUUAUAAAUAAUUUAACCCUAAGCGACACCGGCCGGUAUGAAUGCAUGGCAUCUAAUGAAAACGGUAAAGAUACAGCAUCUCUGUUUCUAUCCGUGAAAGAUCAUACACUUCCAGGAGAGCAAUAUGUAAACAUAGCGUUGACUGAAGCGACAAGAGACAUAGAUCAAGCAAUCGCUAGAACAGUUAAAGAAAUAUUUCAAAACACUUCAACAAAAAAAGAUGUCCACGAACUUUUUAGGAUAGCUCACUUCCCAAACGCACCCGCACGAGAACUAGCUCGUGCAGCUGAAAUUUAUGAACGCACCUUAGACAAAGUACGAGAUUUUAUUCAAGGUGGCUUAAAUGUUACUUCGUUAGAACCAUUUAAUUAUAAUGAUGUUCUUGGUCAACAAAAUUUGGAUUUAAUUGCACGGCUAUCGGGCUGCACGGCACACCGGGAAAGUAAAGAUUGUUCUGAUAUGUGCUUUCACAACAAAUACCGCAAUAUCGACGGCAGUUGCAAUAAUUUUGCCCAUCCUAUGUGGGGUUCAUCUUUGACAGGUUUUCGGCGAAUACUUUUUCCUAUAUAUGAGAAUGGUUUCAGUCAACCAGUGGGUUGGAACAAAGGGGUGAAAUAUAACGGAUUUGAACUACCAAGUGCUCGGUCUGUAUCUUCCUCUAUCAUAACUACAACAGAGAUAUCUGAGGACAUCGAGAUUUCGCAUAUGGCUAUGCAAUGGGGCCAAUGGCUAGACCACGACUUAGAUCACGCGCUACCAUCUGUAAGUUCACAAACAUGGGACGGUGUAGACUGUAAAAAAACAUGUGACUAUUCAGCUCCAUGUUUUCCUAUUGAUGUUCCAAAUAAUGAUCCACGUAUCAGUAAUCGCCGGUGCAUUGACUUUAUUAGAACUAGUUCGGUAUGUGGAUCGGGAAUGACGUCCGUCUUAUUUGGGAGCCUGCAGCCGAGAGAACAAAUUAAUCAACUUACUUCAUUUAUUGAUGCUUCUCAAGUAUACGGAUUCGAAAGUGCUGUUGCUACUGACCUACGAGAUUUGACUAAUGAGAAUGGAUUAUUGCGUGUUGGUGUUACAUUCCCCGGAAGAAAGCCGCUAUUACCUACCACAGGCAUAAACGGCAUGGACUGCAGGCUAAACCUUGCAGAAAGCGACCGCGCUUGCUUCGUUGCGGGUGACAUCAGAGCCAAUGAACAAAUUGGUUUGGCGGCUAUGCAUACUAUCUGGAUGCGGGAACACAAUCGUCUCGCCUUGCAGUUGAAAUCUUUGAACUCAUUUUGGGACGGAGACAAGGUGUACCAGGAAGCAAGGAAAAUAGUUGGAGCCGAAAUACAAAUGAUAACUUACACACACUGGUUACCUAUAGUUCUUGGUAAGGAAGGUUACAAAAAGUUAGGAGAUUAUAAAGGGUAUGAUAGCAAAUUGAACCCUUCAAUAUCAAAUGUGUUCGCUACAGCGGCGCUAAGAUUUGGUCAUUCCAUGAUUAAUCCAAUAUUGCAUCGUUACAAUGAGGACUUCGAGCCCAUUCCUCAAGGACAUUUGCUCCUGAGAAAUGCAUUCUUUGCUCCGUGGAGACUUGUCGACGAAGGCGGAGUAGAUCCCUUGCUCCGAGGUAUGUUCACAACACCGGCUAAAUUGAAAACUUCUACUCAAAAUCUAAACUCGGAACUAACAGAGAAGCUCUUUUAUUCCGCCCACGCAGUUGCCCUAGACCUUGCUGCUAUUAAUAUUCAAAGAGGACGUGAUCAUGCUAUUCCUCCGUACUCGAAAUGGAGACAAGUUUGCAACAUGACAGAAGUAAAAGAUUUUGACGAUUUGUCCAAUGAAAUAUCUGAUCAAAAUGUACGACACAAACUUAAGGAGCUUUAUGGAUCUGUUCACAACAUCGAUGUCUGGGUAGGAGGAAUUUUAGAAGAUCAGGUGGACGGAGGUAAAGUUGGCCCACUUUUUAGCUGCCUUCUAAUGGAGCAAUUUAGGCGUUUGCGAGACGGAGAUCGAUUAUGGUAUGAGAAUUCAAAUGUAUUUAAACCUGAACAAUUAGAUCAGAUAAAAAAAACAAGUCUAGCUCGAGUGUUGUGCGAUAAUGGUGACAAUAUUGAUACGAUCGGUGAAAACGUAUUUUUGAUUCCUGAAGCACAAGAUGGAAUGGUAUCCUGUGAUUACCUGCCUUCAAUAGAUAUUCGAUUUUGGGCGGAUUGCGAAUCGUGUGGAGAUUAUAGAGAAACUAAUACCUUAUCGCGCUCGCGUAGGGCUACGGUGAACGAGACAUUCCACGAUGAGCGUAUUUUUGAUUUAGAACAAGCAAAUGAAGACUUAAAAGAAACUGUGGCCGCUCUUAUGAACAGGAUUGAACAGCUCGAGGAAAUUGUACAGGAAAAUAAUAAAAUCACUGACAAUUAAUACC